AUGAGGUUCUCUACGAGCGCCCUUCAGUCAGUGGUCGCAGUUGACCCUCUGGCAGCUUAUGCAACCAGUCUGCCUCGUGAGGGCGAGACGAAGCGUGCCUUCGGGUACCGCUUUUCUCUCGAGCAAUCGUGGCCGAACUCCGGGGAGAUAGUUGUUCGGAACAUGGGUGUCUCUCACCGUCAAGAACAAUCCCAGGAGACAUCCUCUGCUCUGCAGCAAAUAUCUUUCACCAUCCCAGGCGAUACCCAUGUUGCGGUUGUAGGACCUACGGGUGGAGGUAAAUCGACUCUUGUCGCCCUACUACUCCGCUUACUCGAUCCCACGAUGGGCACCGUCACCCUGGAUGGCAUACCAAUGGUGGACAUUCCGUUACAUGUCUUGCGGUCCCAUCUCGUUGCAGUCCCUCACGAUGCCGCCUCAUUUCCCAGUAGCACUGUCCGAGAGGCUGUCGAUCCAGAAACCAGCCAUUCUCGUGACGAAAUCAGUCGUCUACUGUCGGAUUUGGACAGGGUGACCGGGCUGCACAGUCAGGCUCCUCUCGUACUCGACAAGCUUAUUGACGAGCAGGUCGCUCAAGGAACAGGGAGGGCACAACUGAUUGCCUUAGCGUCCAUGAUACUUCAGAAACCACGGGUAUGUGUGCUGGACGAGACUCUGGGAGGAUUUAGCGUCCAAGCGGAUGUUGGAAUUACGAAGAUGGUAAAAGAGACAUUGAAGGGUAGUACAAUGAUAGCGGUCACGCAUCGCAUGGAGUCUGCUAUGCUUUUUGAUCGAGUGCUCGUCCUUGACCAGGGCAGGAUAUAG